AUUUGAUCAAUUUCUAAAGAAAACCCCUUCCUCUACUAGUCCUCCUCCUAUAUAUACAAAAUCUUAAGAAAUCUCUCUACUUGUUUCCUCUGUUAUCAUAAUCUCUUCUCUCUAUAUCUCUUCUCUUCUUCUUUUACCCUGUUUUUUUUUUCAUUCCACAGAGCCCAGGUUGAUUGAUUUUGUUAUUCAGAGAUAUGGGGAGAGGAAGGAUUGAGAUUAAGAAGAUUGAGAAUAUCAACAGUCGUCAAGUCACUUUCUCUAAGAGACGAAACGGUUUGAUCAAGAAGGCUAAAGAGCUUUCGAUUCUCUGUGACGCCGAGGUUGCUCUUAUCAUCUUCUCCAGCACCGGCAAGAUUUACGAUUUCUCCAGCGUCUGGUAUAUUAGUUAUCAUCUCAUGAUUUUGCUUCUUUUUUUUUGCUUUGGGGAAAUAAAAAGUUUUGCAUUUUUAUGGGUUUUUGUGUCUAAAGUAAAUGAAAACAGAGCAACCCCUGUUUAUCUAUAUCCUAAUCUGGCUAAAUCUUUAGGUUGAUGAUGAAAUAAUUUUGAUGGGUUAUGAUUUUAAGGUUUGGAGAAUUGAGAUUACGAUUUUUGCUAUCGGAUUAGUUUGUGUGUUUUAUAAACCCUAACUGUUGAUGAAACUACAAUUUGGUCACUAUCUUUGGUAUCAGAAUUUGGGAGAUGCAUUUGUCUAUGUAUAUAUCAGUUGUUAGAAUCUCAACUCCAGAAUUCUGAAAGAUCGUUAAUUUCUAAGAUUAUUAGACCAUAGAAGUGUUUAUCUUAUCUUUAUGAAGAAAUUUGAGAAUGCAGAAGUUUAGAUUCAUGAUUUUUUCCUGUAAUGAUCAAUCAAACCAAUUACGGGGUUUUACUAACGGAGAGUUUUGUUCAAUUUGUGAAGUAUGGAGCAAAUUCUUUCUAGAUAUGGAUACACUACUGCGUCCACUGAGCAUAAACAACAAAGAGAACACCAACUUCUAAUUUGUGCUUCACAUGGAAAUGAAGCUGUGUUGCGAAAUGAUGAUUCUAUGAAGGGGGAACUUGAAAGAUUACAGCUUGCAAUUGAGAGACUUAAGGGUAAGGAGCUUGAAGGUAUGAGUUUCCCGGAUCUUAUUUCUCUUGAAAACCAGUUGAACGAGAGCUUGCAUAGUGUCAAGGAUCAAAAGACACAAAUCCUGCUCAACCAGAUUGAGAGAUCCAGGAUACAGGAGAAAAAAGCAUUGGAAGAAAACCAAAUCUUGCGCAAACAGGUUGAGAUGUUGGGGAGAGGUUCAGGACCAAAAGUGUUGAAUGAAAGGCCUCAAGAUUCUAGCCCAGAAGCCGAUCCCGAGAGCUCUUCAUCAGAAGAGGAUGAGAAUGACAACGAGGAGCACCAUUCCGACACUUCCUUGCAGUUGGGGUUGUCGUCGACGGGGUAUUGCACAAAGAGAAAGAAGCCGAAGAUCGAACUGGUCUGCGAUAACUCUGGGAGUCAAGUGGCUUCUGAUUGAUGGAAUCGAUUAUUUUUCUAAUUCUGGUUGUUUAGGGGUCUCUAUGUGUCUUCUUGUUUCUGGCUGUUCUUUUGCUUUAUUUCAUCUCAAGUAGAGUUUUCUUAAUGUUUAGGUGGAACAUUUUUCCAUAAUCAAGAAGGGAUUUGAUCAAUCAAUAACAUUAGAUUUUCUU